UUGAAUCGGUAAUCGGCGAGGAAGGAAAAUGGCGUCUCUUCGAGAUAUAGCUACGGCAGCUGCUAUUAAUCUUCUCUCAGCGUUCGGAUUCCUCAUGGCUUUUGCAAUAUUGAGGAUUCAGCCUUUCAAUGACAGAGUUUAUUUCCCUAAAUGGUACAAAAAGGGGAUACGAAGCAGCCCUACUCGAUCUGGAGGUUCUGCAUCAAAAUUUGUCAACUUAGAUUGCAGGACGUAUUGUACUUUCUUGAAUUGGAUGCCUGCGGCUUUGAGAAUGCCUGAACCCGAGCUCGUUGAACAUGCAGGACUUGAUUCUGUUGCCUAUAUUCGGAUUUACCUUCUCGGUCACUUGAAAAUAUUUGUUCCCCUAGCUGUCAUGGCUUUUGCGAUUUUGGCCCCUGUCAAUUGGACAGGGGAUACAUUAGAGCGUUCUAAGGAUAUAGAUUAUAGCGACAUUGAUAAGCUCUCCAUAUCAAACGUUCCAGAUGGAUCAAACAGGUUGUGGGCACAUAUUAUUAUGUCAUACCUAUUCUCGUUCUGGACGUUUUAUAUGCUAUACUCAGAAUAUGGAGUGUUAGCUACUAUGAGGUUGGAUUAUCUAGCAUCAGAACUUCGUCGUCCUGAUCAAUUCACAGUUCUUGUACAAAAUAUUCCUCCUGAUCCAGAUGAAUCAGUUAGUGAGCAUGUCCAACAUUUUUUUCGUGUAAAUCAUCCUGAUCAUUAUCUUACUCACCAGAUUGUAUAUAAUGCAAAUAAGCUAGCAGCAUUGGUUGCCGAGAAGCGCAGUUUACAAAAUUGGUAUAUUUACUACCAAAACAAGUAUGAGAGAACUUCAAAUAGGCCAACCACAAAGACAGGUUUCAUGGGUCUUUGGGGCGCUGAAGUUGAUGCAAUAGAUCAUUAUACUUCUCUGAUUCAGAAGCUGAGUGAAGAAGAAGCUGCAGAAAGGGAAAGAGUCUCGCAUGAUCCUGAUUCUAUAGUUCCAGCGGCAUUUGUUUCAUUCAAAUCGCGAUGGGGGGCAGCGGUUUGUGCUCAAACUCAGCAAAACCGCAAUCCUACAAUUUGGUUGACAGAAUGGGCUCCUGAGCCUCGUGAUGUUUAUUGGGAUAAUUUUGCUAUACCAUAUUUUGAACUCACCAUUCGAAGGUUGAUAGUGGCCGUUGCUCUAUUUUUUCUGAUUUUCUUCUUCAUGAUCCCUAUAACUUUUGUUCAAUCACUGGCCAACCUUGAGGAAUUUGAAAAGUUUUUUCCUUUCUUGAAGCCAUUGAUACAAGUGGAGUCAGUCAAAUCCGUCAUCCAAGGAUUUCUCCCUGGGAUUGCACUGAAGAUAUUUCUUGCUUUACUUCCAAAGAUUCUUAUGACAAUGUCUAUAAUAGAAGGAUAUCCAUCAUUUUCAUCUUUGGAUAGAAGAUCAGCUGCGAAAUAUCACAUGUUCAUUCUUGUCAAUAUAUUUCUUGGAAGCGUUAUCACUGGCUCGGCACUUCAGCAGCUUAAAACAUUCCUCGAAAAGCCUCCAACAGAGAUCCCGGAAACCAUUGGGGAAUUUAUCCCACUGAAAGCCAAUUUUUUCAUAACUUACAUAAUGGUGGAUGGAUGGGCAGGGAUUGCUGCAGAAAGCCUGAGAUUAGUGCCUUUGAUUCUGUUCCACUUGAAAAAUGCAUUUUUGGUUAAAACAGAACAAGAUAGGGCUGAAGCAAUGGACCCUGGUUGCAUUGACUUCGCAGUAAAUGAACCAAGGAUCCAGUUAUAUAUCUUGCUGGGACUUGUUUAUUCUCCUAUCACCCCUCUGCUUCUUCCUUUCAUCAUCAUCUUCCUUGCUUUUGCCUAUGUGGUGUUUCGCAACCAGAUAAUCAACGUGUAUGAUCAAAAGUACGAGAGUGCAGCUGCAUUUUGGCCAGACGUGCAUAAACGGAUAAUUAUAAGUCUAAUAAUAUCCCAACUUCUGCUGUUGGGAUUGUUGAGCACAAAGAAGAUUGGCAAAUCCUAUUUCGCUGUCCUUCCCCUCCCUGUUCUCACCAUCUGGUUCUACGCUUUCUGCAAGGGCCGCUUCGAGUCGGCUUUCGUCAAAUUCCCCUUGCAGGAGGCGAUGAUAAAAGAUACACUGGAACGAGCAACGGAACCCAACUUUAACCUAAAAGCAUACCUGAAAAAUGCAUACAUGCACCCGGUAUUCAAGGGUACUGACAUGGAGAAGCCGCUGGAGUCCUUGUUCGAAGAAGAGGGCAGCCCGCUCGUUCCCACAACCAGGAUUGCCAACAAACAGUCUCCAUCAAGUACUGCCUCCCCUGCUAGUUCUCAAUCUCACACUUAAUUUACUUUCAUUUUCAUUUUCUUAGCCUAAUAUAAAAUCAACCCCUUUGC